AGCUGAAUUCUUCGCAAAAAAGAGUAAUUAUUCGGAUGAACACAGUAACCCACAUUCAGCAUUGACAAGAAUAUGAUUGAUCGAUUCAAAGUUUGACAACUUUUUGAUAUAAAUUCUGCCUUCAAGCACUCAAAUAAAGUAUAUGUGUCUUGGUUAUUCAACUUUGAAAAACUGCAAUACGAACUACAAUGGAUGAUGGACGAGAAGAGGACCAAUUCGUAGUGGAUGACGUAAAGAAAAUUAUCUUAGAAGCAAUUGAAAACACCAUCGCAAACAACGUAUACCAACGGGACAAGGUGAACAGUUGGAGCGGGUCGGUGGUAGAGACUUGCUUGAACGCCCUGACCAAACUGGAAAAGUCCUACAAAUAUAUUGUCACCUGUACAAUCAUGCAGAAAAAUGGCGCUGGACUGCACUCGGCUAGUUCCUGUUUCUGGAAUAAUGAUACGGACGGUUCUUGUACGGUGCGAUGGGAAUGCAAGACAAUGCACUGCAUCGUGACGGUGUUCGGACUGAUUAUUUGAAAUGUUCCACUUUUUGAGCAUUUGCAUAAAAAAUUGGGCUUCUUUUUUGUGAGUAACGCGUUGUAGAGAAUAUAUCACUGUGGAUAUUGGAUCAAACACAAUAAAAAGCACGCACACUGCUAUUUCACUGAUUGACCAACAUAUAUGAAUUCGGAUCAUCACCCUCAAACCGCAUCAGUAUAUUAUAACACAGAAAUAAAAAUACGGCUCUCCAUAUGAUUCCUAAAAUUCCAAUGUAGUUGCAUAAUAAAUUCAAUAGAUCUUUAAUAAAAAGUUUGAGUA